AAAUAGGUCAUUUUUUAAAAGAAAUUUGGAUGAAAGAAUUAGUUGAUAACAAAGAAAGAAAAAUUGAUAUCAGGCCAUAUAUAUCAAAGGCUACACUUGAUAUUAUCGGAAAAGUUGGCUUCAAUUAUCAAUUUAAUUCUUUAACAUCUGAAAGCGAACUUGCAUCAGCCUACCAUAUGCUUAUUAUUAAUAAUACAGGGAAAUUAUUGAAUAAUAUCUUUGGUUUCCUCUCAAAUUAUUUUCAAAUGUUCCAUAAACUUCCUCUUAAGUAUAAUUAUGUAAUAAAAGAAGCAUCAAAAAUUAUUGAAAAAGAAUCAUCAAAGUUGGUGAAUGAGGGUUCAGAAAAGGCCAAACAGGGAAAUUUACAGGGAAAUGAUAUUUUAUCUGUUUUGAUAAAAAAGAAUGAAGAAGAAAAAGAUAAUGAGAAAAUGUCUUUUGAUGAACUUAAAUAUCAAAUAAUGACAUUCCUUGCAGCAGGUCAUGAAACGUCAA